GCAACCCCGAGCCAAGUCCAGCCCGUCACCUGGCAACCAGGUGGAGCUCCGCCCACCUCCCUCCUGACGCUAAGCUGUCGCCGCAAUGGCGGUCGGAGAAGGAAAAUGUUGUUUUACCGGCUGUAAUACAGAUUCCAGUUAUUUUCUCCCAGUUACGGAGAAUAGAGCCGCGUCGCUUCGUUUCAAGCAGAAACAUUUGCUUGAAAUUUGCGAUGUUUAAAAGAAAGUUGUAGUUUAUCAGAUGAGUUCAGGAAGGAUGAAAAGUGUCAACAUGGCAGCUUCUGUUCCAACUAAUCUGCGGAUGAUGUGGCGAUGGCGGCUCCGCCCCCCCAGCCGUUCCCCACUGUGGACGUCCCUGACCACGCCCACUACACCAUCGGCUCCGUCAUCCUGGCCAUCGGCAUCACGGGCGUGGUCGGGAACUUCCUGGUGAUCUACGCCUUCUGCAGGAGCCGCAGCCUGCGCACGCCGGCCAACAUGUUCAUCAUCAACCUGGCCGUCACCGACCUGCUGAUGUGCCUCACCCAGUCGCCCGUCUUCUUCACCACCAGCAUGAACAGGAGGUGGAUCUUUGGGGAGAGAGGCUGCGAGCUCUACGCCUUCUGCGGCGCCCUGUUCGGGAUCUGCUCCAUGAUCACGCUGAUGGUGAUCGCCAUCGACCGUUACUUCGUCAUCACGCGCCCUCUGACCUCCAUCGGCGUGUUGUCACGGAAACGGGCGCUCCUCAUCCUGCUGGCGGCGUGGGCGUAUUCGCUGGGCUGGAGCCUGCCGCCGUUCUUCGGCUGGAGUGCCUACGUACCUGAAGGCCUCCUCACUUCCUGUACCUGGGACUACAUGACCUUUACCCCCUCGGUGCGGGCCUACACCAUGCUGCUCUUCAUCUUCGUCUUCUUCCUGCCGCUCUUCAUCAUCAUCUACUGCUACGUCUUCAUCUUCAGAGCCAUCCGCUCCACCAACCGGUCGGUCCUGGUUCUGUUCAGGUGCUGUGGGGCUGGAGGCCCGGCGACCCACCGUGUGUGUGUGUGUGCGUGUUGGUGCCUGACAGACACAGCUGAGGGCUUAACGAGGCGAUGUGAUUGGCUCUGCUUCAGGUACGCAGACAUGUUGACCCCCUACAUGAACUCCGUCCCCGCCGUCAUCGCCAAGGCCUCCGCCAUCCACAACCCCAUCAUCUACGCCAUCACACACCCGAAGUACAGGCUGGCUCUGGCCAAGUACGUCCCGUGUCUGGGCGCGCUGCUGUGCGUCCGUCUGCGUGACCUUCGCUCCUCCAGCAGCAGCUUCCUGUCGACGCGCCGCUCCACCGUCACCAGCCAGAGCUCCGACAUCAGCAGCCAAUACCGGCACGGCGCCGCCAAGUCCCGCCUCUCCUCCGCCUCCGACAGCGAAUCGGGUCUGACGGACACGGAGGCCGACCUGUCCAGUCUGGGGUCGCGGCCGGCGAGUCGCCAGGUUUCCUGUGACAUCAGCAGAGACACCGCCGAGCCGCCGGGCGGAAAACGGUCGACCAGCUUCAAGGCCAAGCUGAGGAACCACGACUCAGGAAUCUUUGAAAAGACGUCGUUUGACACCAUGUCCAUGGGAGGAGUCAGUGAACGCAGCAGCGUCCCAAAUAGCGGGGACGCCUCAGAGGGACAGCUGAUGAGGGGACAGAUCGGCCGGAUCCCCAGCAUCGUCAUCACCUCAGAGACCAGCCCCUUCCUGUCCAUCGGCCGGAGCGGGUCGCGGACGUCCCGGCCCAAAGCGUCCGGCGGCAUCCUGGGGGCGGGGCCAGGGUAGAGCCCCGCCCCCCAGUCAUGUGACCGGCUCUGAUCCCAGCAGAUGAGACCAGAGACCUGUUGAUCUAAACUAAAUUCAUUUUGUUUCCAUAAAAUAAACGUCACAGGAUGUUGGAUCUGUUUUAACCAAAGAUCUGAUUCCAGGUUUUAAAGUUUCUGAUGUGAAAGUAAUAAAACUAAACAAACUGCAGUGGUGGGCGCUAAUCUGCUAAUCUGCUAACCUACCAGUAGCUGAGCUAAUGUUUUGUUUAGCGCUUUUAUGUUAGCUUCCACUAGAUACUGUAUUGUAAUUGAACUUUAGCAUUAAUGGAGCUAACAGUCAUGGUUAGUGCAUUAGCAUUAGCAAAGCUAAUACUUGUGGUUAGCAUGUUAGCAUUAGCUGAAC